AUGUCUGCCUUCUCCUCGUCAUCGCUGCGAUCUUUUCAGCGCGCUGCUCCUCGCGCUGCUACACCCGCGCGCACAUUCACCACUUCGCCCGCGCGGUCUAUCGCCCGCAUGAACAUCACCGGUCGUCUCGGUGCCAAUCCAGAGUUAAGCACUUCGCAAAAUGGCCAGGAAUAUGUGAAAUACUCAGUGGGAACAACGAACCCCACUCGAGAUGGCCAGACAAGCUGGUUUCGCGUUGCGGCCUUCGUGACGGAUGCCCAAAGGGAGUUCCUUUUGCAGGUGCCAAAGGGCUCCCUCGUAUCUGUCGAUGCCACGGCAGCCAACAGCAAGUAUACCGAUGAUAAUGGGAAAGACCACUACGCCCUCAGACUCGUACAACGCCACUUCGAAAUGCUUUCGCGCUCCCAGGGUGCCAAAGCCGACGCGGGUCAAUCGGAACUCUCGGAGAGUUGGCGAGCGGCUAGGUUGGGUGUUUUAAGAGAUACGGCGUGGAGUUGGUACGGUGUUCAGCCAUUAUGGGGUAAAGGUAAAGAGGAAGAAGGUUUGUAUUAA